AUGACCAUUUAUAAUUUUUAUUUAUUCGAUAAAAAUGGAACGCUUUUAUAUUAUGCUGAAUGGUUUAGAGUUAAGCAAUCAGGAAUGACAAGAGAAGAAGAGGGAAAAUUAAUGUAUGGGAUGCUUUUUUCAUUAAAAACUUUUGUUACCAGAAUUUCUCCAAUGGAUGUAAAAGAAGGUUUUUUAUAUUACAAAACAAGCAAAUAUGUUUUGAAUUAUUUUGAAACACCUACAGGUUUAAAAUUUGUAUUAAACACAGACAUUGUUUCACCUAACAAUAGAGAUAUUCUUCAACAAAUCUACAGUCAAAUUUAUGUCGAAUAUGUUGUAAAAAAUCCUUUAUGUUCUAUGAAUGAAGCCAUUGAAAGUGAAUUAUUUAAGACUAAGUUGGAUGAAUUUAUAAAAAGAACUCCUAUCUAUUCUGUUAGAAGUGUUUAA